AUGAAGCUUUCUGGAACAUAUAUUGCCGUUCUUGCUGGCAGCCUUUCUCUCUUGGCUCCAACUUUGGCUGCUCCAAUUGCGAGUGAAUCGACUGCUCUCAAGCCGAGGGCCAAUGAUGCCGAUGAUUUCAUUGCUCCUAUUGUGUACCUUGUAGCGAAGGAGGGCUAUGAAGAGCCAGCCAAGCGAAGCCUUCUUAAACGCACUGAUCUAGAGGACCUUUCUGACACCAUGAUCCUUGUGCGUGUCACGGCAUCUGCUGCGUACGCUGAGGACGUUGCUGCAGCCGAUCCUGAUGCUGUCCUGGGCACUGCCUCUAGUGUCUAAGGUCAUCUGGGAAGUGCUCCCAGCGUUCGUGAAUGAAGAGAGCUUUGGGAAUCAUGCCAAG